CUACAUUCAAUGGAGAAUCCAAACAAUGUGACUGUAUUCAUCCUUUUGGGCAUUACAAAGAACCCAGAGUUGAGGCGAAUACUCUCUGGUUUGUUUCUAGUCAUGUAUGUGGUCACAGUACUGGGAAACCUCCUCAUUGUGGUAACCAUAAGUGCAAGUCAGAGUCUGAAGUCUCCCAUGUAUUUUUUCCUUACUUCCUUGUCCCUCAUGGAUGUCACCUACUCUUCCCUCAUUGCCCCCAAGUUGAUUGUGGACUCCCUCUCUGAGAGCACCACCAUCUCCCUCAAAGGCUGCUUGACCCAGCUCUUUGCAGAGCAUUUCUUUGGUGGUGUGGGGAUCAUCCUGCUCACCGUGAUGGCCUGUGACCGCUACGUGGCCAUCUGUAAGCCCCUGCACUACACCAGCAUCAUGAGUCCUCGAAUGUGCUACCUGAUGGUGGGAGGGGCCUGGCUGGGUGGGUCCAUGCACGCAACCAUACAGCUUCUUUUCAUGUAUAAAAUACCUUUCUGUGGCCCCAAUAUCAUCGAUCAUUUUAUGUGUGACUUGUUCCCAUUGUUGAAACUGUCCUGCAUGGACACCCACGUCCUGGGUCUCUUGGUCAUCCUCAACAGUGGGGUGAUGUGUAUGACCAUCUUCCUUCUCCUCUUGGCCUCCUACGUGGUCAUUCUCUGCUCCCUGAAGUCUUAUAGCUCUGAAGGAAGACGCAAAGCCCUCUCCACCUGUAGCUCCCACCUCACUGUGGUGGUGUUAUUCUUUGUGCCAUGUAUUUUCUUGUUUGUGAGGCCUGUGGUCACUUACCCCAUAGACAAGGCAAUGGCUGUGUCCUUUACCGUUGUUGAACCCAUGUUAAAUCCCUUGAUCUACACCUUGAGGAAUGCAGAGGUGAAACAUGCCAUGAGGAAACUAUGGGUGAAAUGA